ACCUGCGCCGAGAUUAAGCCAAAGGCGUGUUUUUUCGUUCUUUUAUUACAUAUUUCACCAAUAUUAAUAUCUAGCGUUGAUUCCUGUACAAUGCGAGUUUUCAACUCGUGAUGUUGCAGAAGUAACGGAAAAUAUUAAACACACUGGGAACCACCUUUCCUGUUUGUUUUUUGUUUUGUUUUUUUUAACGAACUACAGCUCCCACGAGGCCCCGGGAACAAGGAAGAGCGAAAUCUCGGACUCAGACGUGUUCAACUGAAGCCGGAGUUUGUGUGGAAGCAGAAGAAAUUGGAUACUCAAAGCGCUGCCGCUGUGCAAAAAUGCUCCGUUCAUCUUCUCGCUUUAAUAAGUGACACCUUUCCCACCGAGUUUCCCCGGCUGUGAACACCAUGGGGCCCAUGUUUGCUGUUGUUCUCGUUUUUGUCGGCUGUUGUAGCAACGUGGUGUUUCUGGAGCUGCUUGUGAGAGAUUUUCCAGGAUGUGGCAACAUAGUCACCUUCGCUCAGUUUGUCUUCAUCGCAUUGGAAGGUUUCAUCUUUGAAACAAACUUUGGACGCAAGAAACCAGCGAUACCUGUCAGUAAUUAUGUGAUCAUGGUGACCAUGUUCUUCACUGUCAGUGUGAUCAACAACUACGCUCUCAACUUCAACAUCGCGAUGCCACUGCACAUGAUCUUCAGAUCAGGAUCACUAAUCGCUAAUAUGAUCCUGGGAAUAAUCAUCCUGAAGAAAAGGUAUUCAACUAGCAAAUAUCUAUCUAUAGCUUUAGUUUCAGCAGGUAUCUUCAUCUGUACCAUAAUGUCUGCCAAACAAGUGAAUUUGUCCAGUGAGGAUUCAGAAGACCAAGGCUUUUACGCCUUUAUGCGCUGGCUUAUAGGUAUCGGCAUGUUGACUUUUGCCCUGCUGAUGUCUGCGAGGAUGGGGAUUUUCCAGGAGAUGCUGUACAAGAAGUAUGGGAAACACUCUAAAGAGGCACUCUUCUAUAAUCACUGCCUGCCUCUGCCCGGCUUCCUGCUUCUAUCCACAGACAUCUACAACCACUGCGUCCUCUUUAGUCAGAGCACUCCUGUGCUGAUUCCUGUGGUUGGGUUGAGCGUGCCAAUAAUGUGGAUCUACCUGCUGAUCAAUGUCAUCACACAGUACGUGUGCAUCCGCGGUGUUUUCAUCCUGACCACAGAGUGCGCCUCGCUCACGGUCACCCUGGUGGUGACGCUCAGAAAGUUCCUCAGCCUCAUCUUCUCCAUCAUUUACUUCCAAAACCCCUUCACCGCCUGGCACUGGGUGGGCACGGCUGUGGUCUUCGUUGGUACUCUGCUGUACACAGAGGUGUGGAGCAGCGUACAGGCGGCUCUGCGGGGACCCGACACCAAGGAGAAGAAGGCAGAGUGACGACACACAGACUGGAUUGGAAAUCAGUCACCGUGUUGGACUUUGAGAUUGUUGUUGGUCAGUUAUCCUGCAGCGGUUUUAUAUAGUUUUAGAGUUAUAUAGAUUUAUACUUGAUCACACCGUACACAUCCAUAUACAACUGAUCAAAAAUGCAAACACACAACAGUUUAUAGGAUGGUGGGAUUCUACAUUUUUAUUGUCAACAAAUCUUAUGAACAGACCAAAAUCCAGCAGAGCAACUGUUUUGUUUUGUUUUUUGUUAUUUAUAUUCUCUGCUGCAUCUGGACUUUUGUGUUGUGACAUGUUCUGCUGCACACUUUUUUUUUAGUUCACUGCAGAAUAAGUUAUUUUUUAAAGACCUUUUUAGCUGAUACUUGUCAGUGUUACAUUCAGUCCAGUACACUGGCCUGGCUGUCACUCACACAGCAGUAUUGGAAAAUCAGCGUGGACUUGAGCCUUUCUCAACUUCCACUUGUAGUGCUUCUAGGAGCUUUUUGAAGCACUCGAGCUCAGACACGGUGCUGCAAAGCCGGAUCUCAUUCAUGAUUGAUUUAUUUUGAGUCCAUGUGUGAAUGAUCCUUUAUUUAUUCUACCUCUGUGCUGUUUCUGAUUUCAAUCGCCGGGCCCAGUGACUGAAGACAUGAAUUUUUAAAGCAGCCAUACUCAGUAUUUUUACGAUAUUUGAUCACAUGACAAAUGCGUGAAAUGAUUUGAUCGUGGUUAUGAAUCUGCAGAGAGCUGUCACCCAUCUCUGCAGGCACGAAGAGAUUUCUGGUCCAGAACGUUACACUUUACAGGUUGUAAAAACAUCUGUCAGCUUCCUGUUCAGCACCAAACAGACUCACAGGUCUUUCACAGAGGGGUCAGGGGUGUGGAGCUCUGAGGCUCAGAGGAUGCACAGAUACCCCCAGAUCAUCUGCUUAUAUGAUGCAUUUAUUGCUGGUUUUGGACUUUUCAGUAGAUUUGCUGACAACAGGAAAAAUGUGAAUACUCGCAGACCUACAUGUUUUCGCAUUAUUUACAUUAACAGAUAAAAAAAAAAAAA